CACCCUUGUUCCUCUUAGUCACCUAUCAGAAUUGAUGUCACUAGUUUCUUGGGAGCAUUCAGAGGCCUCAUUCCUUUGAAUAGCAGCAUAGCUGUCCAUUGUAUGGAUGUGCCAAGUCCAUACACCAAAUUACUUUGGUGUUUCGUUAGAGGGACACUUAGAUCGUCUCCAGUGCUAUUACCCAUUAGGAUCUAAAUUCCAUGUCAAUGUUAUCAGUUACUUAUCACUCUUAACUUUUGUUGGCAAUAAAGUGUUCCAGAUUGUAUAGGUGCACCAUAAUUCAUUCAUCAUUUCUCUACUGAUGAGAAUGUAGGCUUAAAUACAGUUUGCUCUGCUCCUAGGGUACCUAUCCUAUUAAAUACUUCUGCCAUUUACCGGCAGUAUAGUUUCUUACGUACUCCUCCAGUGCGCUGUGAGCUCCUCAAAAGCAGGGGAAAUUGUUCAUGUUCAUCUUUGUAUCCUCAUAGCCUAAGCACCGAAUUUGGUCCAGAGUACACGCUUUCCACGUUUAGGUACAAUAAUAAUUGAAUCGCCCGCCCUGAGUCCCGGAACCGAGCUUGAGGAGGCGAAGCGAAGGCAAAGCCGUGCCCUUUUAAGCUGUCCCAGCCUCAGAGGUCCGGAACUUUCGUUAGACGUUUCAUUGUUUCUCAGGGAGGAUUUUAGCCUCCGAGCGUGCCCCGCACAAGCAUGGUUGUUACGCACCGGAAGUAGCUUGUUAUUUUGCGGGAGUCAGUUCUUCCGCGGGGCGGAAAAGGCAAUUAAGCAUGUGUUCCUAUCUUUUUCAGUCCCCUUUCCUUGCAGGACCCUAUGAGCAAGCUGUGGCGGCGCGGGAGCACCUCUGGGGCUAUGGAAGCCCCUGAACCGGGGGAAGCACUGGAAUUGAGUCUGGCGGGUGCCCACGGCCAUGGAGUGCACAAGAAAAAGCACAAGAAGCACAAGAAAAAACACAAGAAGAAACACCAUCAGGAAGAGGAGGCUGGGCCGACGCAGCCGUCACCUGCCAAGCCCCAGCUUAAACUCAAAAUCAAGCUGGGUGGGCAGGUCCUGGGCACCAAGAGUGUUCCUACUUUCACUGUGAUACCUGAAGGUCCUCGAUCACCCUCUCCCCUUAUGGUUGUGGACAAUGAAGAGGAACCUAUGGAAGGAGUCCCCCUUGAGCAGUACCGUGCCUGGCUGGAUGAAGACAGUAAUCUGUCCCCCUCCCCACUUCGGGACCUGUCGGGGGGCUUAGGGGGUCAAGAGGAAGAGGAGGAACAGAGGUGGCUGGAUGCCCUGGAAAAGGGAGAGCUGGAUGACAAUGGAGAUCUCAAGAAGGAGAUCAACGAAAGGCUGCUCACUGCUCGACAGCGAGCUCUGCUCCAGAAGGCGCGGAGUCAGCCUUCUCCGAUGCUGCCACUGCCCGUGGCUGGGGGCUGCCCUGCCCCGGCACUCACCGAGGAGAUGCUGCUGAAGCGCGAGGAGAGGGCGAGGAAGAGACGGCUGCAGGCGGCUCGGCGGGCGGAGGAGCACAAGAACCAGACUAUUGAGCGCCUCACUAAGACUGCGGCGCCCAGCGGACGGGGAGGCCGAGGGGCAGCGAGGGGCGAGCGGCGGGGCGGGCGGGCCGUGGCCCCAGCCCCCAUGGUGCGCUACAGCAGCGGGGCACAGGGUUCCACCCUUUCCUUCCCACCCGGCGUUCCCGCCCCCGCGCCAGUGUCUCAGCGGCCAUCCCCAUCUGGCCCUCCUCCUCGAUGCUCUGUCCCGGGCUGCCCUCACCCGCGCCGCUACGCCUGCUCCCGCACGGGCCAGGCACUCUGCAGCCUUCAGUGCUACCGUAUCAACCUGCAGAUGCGGCUUGGAGGGCCCGAGGGCCCCGGAUCUCCCCUUUUGGCUACUUAAGGCCCUUACUUAACCCGGACUCUGCGCCCUCUCCCCUGCCCCCAUUUUCAUUAUUUUCCCCACCCUAUUAAAUUUCAUCCGGUGCCUCAA